GUACUUUUAUUCGUGUAUAAUUUUCCAUGCAGUACUUGUACUUGUAAUGGAGUACAUUUGGAUUAUUGUGUUUUGUUUCCCGUCCCUGAACGCAGCGGAGGCGCGUGCUGCUCCCCGCCGGCAGGGGGCGCUGCGGUGCGGCGCGUCGGACUGAGAGGAGCCGCUGAGCGGACCGGAAGAAGAACAGUCAGCAUGGCGGAUAUAUUUUUCACUUCAUGCUUUGCUUUUCAUUGUUUUGGUGCGAUGGCGUAGCGUUACCUGUCACAGAUGUAACGCGGCGGGCUGUGUCUUCGGAUGCUAGCGGCUGUUAGCGCGGCACGGCUCGGCUCGGGAGCUUGACGCGGUUUAUCUGCCUGCCUGCCUGCACACGCGUCGUGACUUGUGACCCAGUUUGGUUCGUUUUCCCAGGCUGGCCUGAGUGAUGUGAAGCAUCAGCAGCCUGAACACAGACUGAAGAGGGUCUCAUCUUAACUCAGUGACUCUUACUUGAGUCCGAGAAGAAAUAAAAUCAGCCUCAGUGAACAAAAAAGCAUCAAACUAAGAAUGGGUGAAGUGACUGUCGAAGUAGAUGAGGAGGUGAUGAAACUGGACGUCUCAAUGGACCCACUCCCAGAACCACUGCUGAUCAUCCUGUCCCCACCUCCACCUUUCUUACCUGUCCCUGGUGAACCGACCAUGUUUUGGCAUAAAUGGCUGAAAGCCUUUGAACACUACCUUGAAGCGCUCGGUGAAAACGAGCUCAUCGACUCCAGUAAGUGUGUGCUCUUACAGAACUGCCUCGGCCCUGAGGGCCAGCGUAUCUUCACGGUACUGAUCCAGAAUGAAACCACAUACGCAGCAGCCAUCUCAACGCUGACGGUUUACUUCACCUCUGAUCGCACCUCCCAGACGCACCGUCUUAAGUUUCACCAGAGGGUUCAGAUGCCCGGAGAGACCGUAGAGCAGUUUGUGUCUGCUUUAGACAAGCUGCUAAGGCCGUGCAAGUAUGGAGACUUACAAGACAAACUUAUCCUGGAUCAGCUGAUAGAGAAAACAAACUGCCCACAACUUAAAGAGAGGCUGCUGCUGGAAGGGGAAACUCUGACCUUGGAGAAGGCAUUAGUAAUCGGUAAAGAGAUUGAGUCUGUUUUAAACGAAUCUGAGCUGUUUGGUGUUCACGAGGUCAGCGUGGACAUCGGGGACGAUUUGGACCCUCCCGUUCAAAAGAGGAAAAGAGGACGGCCUCGGCGUGGGGAGAGCAGGGCGAAAAACAAAACAAAAACAGCCCCAACUAAAACCUCGACAAAAUCAUCUCAAUUCAAAGAUAAUUACUAUUACUCCAAAGAUAAACUGUAUCAUAGUGAUAAAGAAGGAGAGAAGCCUGAGAGCACUGAUGAGACUCAUGUGGCUUUUGAUGAAUCCAGCAUCAAGACAGAAAAUGAUGACGAUUGGGCCUUGUCGUCAUCACAGAAGGUGGAGGAGGAAGACGUCGACCGAGCCAAUGAUUGUGACGACGAUGAGGACGAAGACGAAGAUGAAGACUUCAUUCCUAAAGUGAAAGGUCCCUACUGUCCCAUCUGUACCAGCAGACGCUUCAGGGAUGCAAACAAGCUCGCGAGACACAUGAGGACGCACACGAAGGAGAAACCUUUCGGCUGCCCCAUCUGUGCCGUCACCUUCAGUCAGUCCUAUCACAUGACCCGACACCUGAGGAACCAGCACGGUGCGGGCCCCCACGUCUGCUCCACAUGUGGGGAAAGUUUAGGCAGCCUAGCAGAGCUGAAAAGUCACAGGAGGACCCAUUCGCCGCAAGCUCUGUCAUGUCCCAACUGUCAGGAAAAAUUCACGAACAAUAAUGCGUUACUGAGUCAUAUCGUGUCACAUGGCAUGGACCAGACCACCCAGACAGAGGGACAGAGUUCUCAGCAAAGUAAUCAAGUAAAAAAGAAAGAAGGAAAUGAAUCAUCUGACAAGGACAAUCAGGAGGGCGAUGACAGCGAUAAAUCUGCUGAGAACGAUGCCGACUCUGGUGACAGCGAUGCUCAGGAGGAAGAAUUUGAAGUCAGCGUUAAGGCCGAGGAUAAGGACACUGAUGAAGCCAAAUCUCAAGACGGCGGCAGUCGGAAAGAAAAAGUCGCCUCUAGGACUAAAAAAGGCCAUUUCUGUCCAAUCUGUGUCGGCAGGCGCUUCAGAGGGCCAAACAAGCUCGCCAGACACAUGAGGACGCACACAAAGGAGAAACCGUUCAGCUGUCCGGUCUGCGCCAUGACCUUCAGCCAGUCCUACCACAUGACCCGACACCUGAGGAACCAGCACGACCUAGGCCAGUACAUCUGCGAUAAAUGCGGGAAAAGUUUAGGUAGCUGGCUGGAACUGAAAGCACACAAGAAGACUCAUGCAGUGGAAGGCCUGACUUGUCUCGCCUGCGAUAAACAGUUCAAGGCGAAGGCUGCACUUGUGAGCCAUCUUAAACUACACAAGAAGGUCCAGACCAGCAGCCCUCGGAGCCUCGUCUGCGGCGACUGUGGCAAAGUAUUCGGUCGAUUAUACCAUCUGAAAAGACACAUAGUGACCCAUCGCAAGGGAUCAAACAGCGAGUGUUACACGUGCCCUGAUUGUCAGAAGAACUUUGCCUUCCCAGAAGACCUCAACAAACACCUGGAGAUUCAUGUUAAAGAGAACAAUGGUACUUGUCCGAAAUGUAACGAAACCUUCGGUAGUCCAGAAGAACUUGAGGCCCACAUGGGGGUUCACGAGAAGUCUUACACCUGCAGCACCUGCGGGAAGAAGUUUAAAGUCGAGUACGCGCUGAAGAAACACGAGCAAAGCCACCAAGAUGAGCAGUAUUAUUGUUCCCUGUGCCGCAAGCGAUUCAUCAAGCUGUCCCACUACAAGAGGCACUUAAUGGUCCACGACAGACGGGAAUCCAAAUGUCCACACUGUGACAGCGUCUUUCUACAGUUAACAGCUUUGAAGUAUCACCUGCGGACUCAUACGGAAGAAAGACCGCACCAGUGCACCUGUUGCAUCGAGACGUUUGAGGAGAAGGAAGAUCUAGAGCAGCACUGCCUCAAGCACAGGAAAUUCAAGAAGGAGAGGCCGUACUCGUGCACUCGGUGUGAUUCUGCUUUCUGCACACUAAUCGAGCUGACGGAUCACAUGAGCUCACACGAGGGGGAGCAGCCGAUGAACUGCCCCGUCUGCGGCAAGACUUUCCUGAACAAGAACAAGCUGGAGAAGCACCUCAGCAUCCACACGGGGGAGAGACCUCACCUCUGCUCCAUCUGCGGCAACGGCUUCCCCUCAGCCGCCAGCCUCAAGUUACACAUCAACAUCCACACUGGGGAGAAACCCUUCCAGUGUUCCCAGUGCAGCAAGAGCUUCAGGUCGGUCAGCGGGCUGCGGCUGCACAGCAGGCAACACAUGGAGGUGCGGCCGACCUACAAGUGUCCCGAGUGCGGCAGAACUUACGGUCGCAUGACGGAGCUGAAGAUGCACCAGCGCUAUCACACGGGGGACAAACCGUACGCAUGCACCUGCUGCAGCAAACGCUUCAUCAGCAAAGACAAACUGAACGUUCACAUGAGGAUACACACGGGGGAGAGGCCGUACACCUGCCCCCACUGUGGACAGACAUUCACUCAGACCGGGGACAGAAACCGACACAUCAGUAAAUACCACUAGUUAGAUACUGUUGUAACAAAACUCCGGUGAGGCUUUGGUUUUUUUAUUUCGAAUGAUUGUACCAGUGGCUUUGCAUGUUUUGUAGGGGCAGGUAGCAUCAAAAAUCAAGACUCACGUUUUCUUAUAUUGCUUGAGAAAGAAUAAGAAACCAACCAAGAUGAGAUGGAAGAUAAUUUGAGCAGAUUCAGGCUGAACAUGAACCCUCAAUUGUCAUCAAUUAUACAUUUAAUACAGAUUUUCUCUGUUGUAGAAAACAAACAAACACCAAGUGUAAGGCCUUCAAUCAAUCAACCAAUGUUUAAUCAAUAACUCUGCCACAGUUCAUCAAAUAUGAAUCAUUUCAAGUUUUAUAAGGACUAUUUAUCACUCGGGCAGGGCAUCAUUUAUGAACGAGUACUUGUCGAUACCUUAACAUGUAUUUCUACAGACAUCAAACUUUCCAAAUGUCUAAACUCAGGCAGUCUGAGGCACUGUCACAACACAGCUUUUUCUAGGCAUUUUGACCUUUCAUACAUACGAAAAAUUGAAAAGUGACCUUAUGGAGAGCUCCCAAGGUGAAGAUGUUGGAAAAGCUAUUGUCAUCAUAUCUGAGAAAUCUUUGGAAAAACCCACAUUUGCUAAUGUGUUGUGAUUUUGUGGACUAUUUGAGUUUGUACAUUGGUAUAUAUUUAAGAGAAAUACGACGAUGGAAAAGAGACAAAACAGCUGCUGACAUAUAAUGCCUCAUUAAAACAAAAGCAUUAUCCAGGAGAAUUAUGUGAAAAGUGUCAGAUCUGCUUCCUGUUUACAACAGCGUGUGUACAGGAACGGUCAUUUAACGUGUUGUGUUAGUAUGGACAGAGAUUAUUUCUGGAGUUGUCCUUGUCAGUGGAAAACUAUUUGUUUUAAAGUGAUUUUAUAAAUACCCGCGUACGUGUGGACUAAAAGAGGUUUGCAGCAAUAAAAUAGUCCUAAAAUUGACACAUUUUCCGAACAGAUUUUCAGUGUGUGAUGAUUUGAGUCGCUUGGUGCUACAAACACAUUUCAGUUGGUACCGUCAGGUUGGAUCUAUUUUUCUGGUCACUGUGGAAAUGAUGAGUGUGUUACAGAUAAGAGGUUAUCAUUCUGUGUGUUUCUCAAACUAAUAUUCAAACGUUCAGGUUUGACCUACUGCUUUGUGCAAAAAUCACAUGUGAACAAAUUAUGAGCAGAAUCCUUACAUUUGGAUUAUGGAUUGAACUUUUAAGGUCCAAUAUCAAACACUAGUAAUCAGGAAACUACCGAAUUCAGAUGACUUGAUGUUUGCUGAGUUGGAUUUUCUGAGAACGUACUCAUCAGUGCGGUGUUUUCUGUUGGUGUGCCUUUUUUUUUUUUUUUUUUUUUUUACAGGAUAGUCGGCUAAAACAUGCAAAACCACUGAUUUCUCUGUGCAGUAUAAUCCUUCACUGUUGCCAUCCAAACUGUUUGUCACUGUUGGGCUGCUCCCUGCAAGCUUCCCACCUGGACAAUUACCGCUUAAUACAAAAUCUCUGCAUGAGGCUUCAAGUCCCUGUAAGUCGACCCACUGUGCCACUUAUUCAAACACCCUGACUUGCCAACAAACUGACACAAGUGACCUGCAUGUAAAUGAACAUCCAAAGCUUUUAUGUUCCACAGUUUGCCUUGUAGAUCAAAAACCGGAUAUAAUCCGAUCACUGACACUAAAGAUUUCAGAGAAACUGCUUCAGUAUUUUUGUCGUCCUCUUCCUCACCACCGUAUAUGUCGCCAUGAUAUUAUGUGUGCUUCGUUUCACUAUUUGUAAGCUUUUUUGUUUAUGCUUCUCUGUAACCAAGCGUUUUGUAACUGUUUAGAAAAAGUGCCAUGAAAAUAAAACUGUUAUUCACUCUGCUAGCACAUGUAACGUUAACGAGCAGAAUGUGCUGAAGGGAAACAUGGACGCUGCAUCCUUUUAUUCACAUUCCAUCCAAUAAGAAACUGUUUGGUGUAAAUGUUUUCAAUUUAUUGAAUGUGUCUCCAUAUAAACUGCAUAUUCAUA